AUGAACCCACUCGAUCAAACAGACCGCUCACCCUCUUCAAUCAAACUCCCCUAUAGUCUGUCUUCAGUCCCGCUGGCCGUCGACUACUCAGACUUUUACGAUUCAACAACAUCUUGUUUUGAUCCUACAACUGAUUCCAAUGCUUCUACCACACUCUCGGCUGGUCCUGUGCCUGUAGUAUCAUCUUCCUCAGCUUCAUCUUUAUCAACUUUUGCAUCCUUCAGCUGUCCGUCUCUAACAAAUCUGGCCGGCUAUGCAGACCAUCAUCAACAAUCUUUGUCAACAGACAAUACUACCGCCACAAUGGCUACCAGAGGUCUUGAGCAACGUACCCGUAAGCUUUCGAUUUCCCCUGGAUCGUUGUCAGGAUGUGGAGGCCGCAAUCAUCCAAGAACAUGUGCGGCAAUUGCCGGCAUUUCGUCCAGUAGUUGUUUGGACCAAGAAAUAACGCAGAAUAUCAAUUCCACAGAAACUGCUUCUCCUCCUCCUCCUCCUCCUCCUUCUCAACCUACAACAACAAAUUUUGUUGCAUGUGAAAAUCCUUGUGACUCGUGCCGCAAACCAUGUCUUGCCCACCUGGCCAUGGCAUCUAGCAUAGCAGCCUUAGAGACCGACAAUUCUUCACAAUCGGCGUCUUGUUCCUGUUCUUGUUCUUCUUCCUCUUCCUGUUCCUGUUCCUCUUCUUCUUGUAAAGAAUCCAGUGGGCCUCAACAGCCGCGCGUAGGAAUGGAUGGUCGUCAUCACUCAUGUGGAUCAGAAAGCUGCGGCUCAGAAUCAAUCACUAAAGGCUCAAAGGCCCAUCAACAACAACAUACAAACAAUAAAAAUAACAAUAACUGUAGCAGUAGCAGUAGCAGUAGCAGCAACAGUAACGGCAGCCGGCGAAUGACGAUGCGGGCAGCUGGAGAACGAAGUAGCGGGAGUGGUGGCAUUUGCAAACAAAGCCCAUUAGAAUAUACGACGGAGAUUCCGGAGAUUUUUGUAGACCCGCAGAAAGUGCUAGGUAGUCUGAUGAGAGGGAUUUUAAAGAGUGGAAGUAAUCGUCAAGGAGGUCCCAGAAGUGCUCGUGAAAACAGCUGCGAAGGUAGAUCUGGAUCUGGUACUGAAUCAGCAGUAGUAAUAGAAGGAGAGUCUAUUGCGGACCGUGAUAACAAGCGACGCAAAAAGGGUGAACCGAGUAUUCCGGAUCCAAGCAAAAAAGCCGAAAAAGAAGAAGAAGAAGAAGAAGAAGAAGUUGAAGAAAAAGAAGAAGAAAAAGAAGAAGAAAAAGAGAAACACUUACAAACCACUCAAGUACCGGUCCCCAUGAAUGAGGAGACUCCGAAUAACUCCCAAACUCUUCCACCCGACCAGUUGCGCCGGAAAUCGCACCACAAUGGACCAAGGAAACGUGCCUGGGGUAUGGCCGGAACAAGCGGUGCUCCACCCCCACCACCUGUUCUACCGCCGCAUCUGGAGGCUGCGCUGUUCCAAACAGGCUCGUCGCUGCUUCACCCGCCGGCAUCAGUGUCUUUGUCUAGUCCUGGAUUAUCUUCGGCAACCACAGUGACAGCGGCAGCAGCGGCAGCGGCGGCAGCAGCAGCAGCAGCAGCAGCAAAUGGCGAUACUUUGAGUAGUAGUUCCGGGUCAAGUGCCACAGCGACAACCGCAGGAUCGGCCUCGUCGUUGGCAACUACCCCACGCUCGCGGUCCGUGUCACUGACAUCGCCAUCGACUCCGCGGCCACUUUUUAAUGCGUUCAAUCUCCCGCCAGAUCAGGCAUUUUCAGGCAAAUUAUCACCGGUUCCUGGAACUCCAUCAGGAGAAUCAGCUGCUUCUUUAGCUUCAACAGCGCCACCAUUACAAUUACCAUUACCACCACCACCACCACCACCUUCAUCAUCAUCAUCGUCAUCAUUAGGGAAAGCACAAGAUCCAGCUCCUCCGUCGUACUUCUCAACAAUCAACUUUAACGAUAUUGAAGAUCCAGAUACGCUACUGACGCAACCAAACCACGUCACACUCAACCACCUGGCCACGUCGAGUAUUCGCAACUCCAUUCUUGCUGCGGCGUGCACUAGUCGCUACAAGAGUAAAUACAUUACUCAAAUUCUCUAUACGCCCAUGUAG